AUGUCUGAUAUUCGUGUAGAAUUAGUUUAUGUUGCAAUUCACAGAGUAAUUGCUUUAAUAGAUUUUAAUAUUUACAAUAAUAUACAUAAACAAUAUGAAUUUAAAAAACAAACAAUUCUUGUUGAUGAAUCACUUACAGAAAAUGAAAAAUCCGAAGCAAUAAAAAUACUAACUAGGUGGUAUGAUGAAGAUAAAAUUAGGAUUAAUGAAGGAACAAAAAGAAUUUGUGAAAUUUGUAACAAAGAAUGUUUAGCUACAUUGUUUUGUGAGCAUUGUGUUCGGAAUUAUUUAAAAGCGAAUUUUUCAAAUUGGACAUCUGGAAAUGAUGAUAUUGAUAAUUUAAUAAAAGAAUGUCAGGUGAAAGCAAUUUGUCCAAAUAAAAUACCAGAAUGGAUUCCAUAUAAUGAAUUUCGAAAUAUUGAAUAUCUAACAGAGGGCGGAUGUUCUGAAAUUUAUACAGCAGAAUGGAUUAAUGGAAGUUAUGAUGAAUGGGAUUCUGAAGAACAACAAUUCAAAAGAUUUAGAGAGCAGUAUGUAGUACUUAAAAGAUCAGAAAAUGUUGAAAAUGCAAAUCAAAGCUGGUUUGAAGAGGCUAAGUCCCAUUUAAAUAUAAGCAAUAAAUGGGGAGAAAUUGUCCAAUGUUAUGGAUUAACAAAAGAUCCAUCAAAUGGAAGUUAUAUGCUCGUAAUGGAUAAAAAGGAUAUAGAUUUAAGAAAAUAUUUACAACAAAAUCAUCAUCAACUUACAUGGAAAGAAAGAAUUCAAAUUGCUGCUAAUAUAAUUUUGUCACUUGGCAGAAUUCAUGAUGAAAAUGCAAUUCAUAGGGAUUUGCAUUCUGGAAAUAUAUUAUUUACGAGUUACUUUAGUAUUAGUGAUCUUGGAUUUUGUGGACCUGCAGAUAAACCAUUAAAAAGUAUAUAUGGAAAUCUUCCUUAUGUAGCACCUGAGGUUAUUAUUGGAAAAGAACAGACUUUUAAAUCUGAUAUUUAUAGUAUUGCAAUGAUUAUGUGGGAAAUUUCUUCUGGUCAACCACCAUUUAUUAAUUAUGAACAUAAUUAUGAUCUUGCUAUGAAUAUUGUUAAUGGUAUAAGACCAAAAAUUGUAUCAGGAACUCCUUUAGAAUAUAAAAAUUUGAUAAUGCAAUGCUGGGAUGCUGAUCCAUCAAAAAGACCUGAUAUUAAUACACUUCGCAAAAAAAUAAAUGAUCUCAAUUACUUUUAUCAGAGUAAAUCAAAUGAAUCAUUAAUUCGAUCACAAGAAAAUAAUAGUUUAGAAAUAAAUAGUAAUAUCGAUAGUCUAAAAAAUUAUACGAAUAGUACAAGUAAAGUUUAUCAUUUUGAAAAUCUUCCCGAACCAAGGAAUGCAACAGAAGAAGAACUAGAAGCAUUCCAUAGUAAAUCUUAUAACUUUUACAUUCCUGAUAACAUUGAUGAUUUUGAUAAAUUAAAUAAUCAGAAGAAUAGAACGUCAAGAAUAAGUAGUAUAUUUAAAGGUAAUAGUAAAAAGUUAUUUAAAAUAUUUAAAAAGAAUUCAAAAAAUGAUGUUCAAAAUAGUAAUUAUUAUAGAGAAGAAAUAAUGCAACAACAAAGAAAGAAUAUUGAUAUUGAUGAGGAUGAAGUACACAAUAAUCCUAAUCUUCAUUCAGAAGAACAAGAUGAAUUGGAAAUUCCUGAUAGUAAGGAUUUAUUUUAUAUCAAUGCUGAAAUAUUAUUCGACUUUUAA